GGUUGCGCUUGAUUCACAGGCAGCGCUACCAUGUUGGCUCCUCAAAGUCAUUCUGGUUUUUACAAAACUACCAUUACCAAAUGUUUUCUGGCAUUCAGUGUGAUAUUCUCCUUUAUUUUGUUAAUGCCGUUUUCAAAACAAAAGGAUAUAUUUAUCUUUAAUUUAGAUGAUAUUUUCGAAAAUGGAUCGAUAUGGAGAUUAACAUUAUGUCAACUACCUUUUCUUAGUACGAAAGAUCUAGUAUGCGGUGGUUUACUAUUGUACUAUUUCCGAAUAUUUGAACGACGUUACGGACCAAGAAAAUUCUUGUCAUUUCUAUUUUAUUGUGCCACAACAACAACACUAGUUGAACUAUUGAUGGCUUUUAUCUUAAGAAAAUUAAACUUCUCACUUCAUAUACUUCCUUCUGGACCAUUUAACUUGAUUUUCCCAUUUUUUGUGCCCUAUUUUCUGGAUAUUCCAUGGGUUCCUGUGGCACAUGUGAUGAAUAUUCCAAUAACUGGAAAAUCAUUUCCGUACAUAUUUGGCUUUGAAAUUGCUAUGACAUCUCCGGAAUCUUUAUUUGUUUGUAUAUGCGGUUUGAUCACUGGCUUUGCCUAUUACAAAAAUUUUUUCAAUGUCCAAUCAAGACUAUUAUUUCCUAAACGAAUUAUUCAAUUUGGUACAAAAGUGAUUGGUCCAGUCUUAGGAACGCCAGCACCAAAAUAUAUUAAUCAACCAUUAGGUGCAACAUUAGAAGUACAACGUCAAGUUGAAUUAGAUCGAAGAGAAAUUAGUUUGAUUGAAGCAACUAGACGCAUGCGUAGUAGAGAUUUGCCAUUUCAUAUGAGUCAUGUAUUAGUCGAUAACCAAUAACGAAACACUUUAUUUAGAAACAGAUAAUAUACAUUCUAGAACUGUGAUGCUUCAUUGUAAUUUCUUUAUUUCCUUAACUUAUUAUUAUCCCAGUUUGAAUAUUGUAUUAAAUGUUACACAAUGUAAAAAAAAUUGUCUAUUUUUUACCAGUAAAUUUAUUAACAGUACAAACAUGUUUCAUGUCAAUUUUACUGAUGUAUAUGCUUCACAAAAACUGUCCUUAAACACUUUUUUUUGCAUUUAUUACUGUACACGUUGAGGGUUUUGUAAUGCGUAUCUGUUUUUUCUCUGUUUCUAAUAUACUCUUGAUUUUUUUGUAUCCAGUUGCAGUUCUCUUCACGCAUCUUCCUUUUUCACCACAAAUGCACAUACACAUUAUCAUUUGAAGUUGUACAUUUUUACCUAGCACCCGUUUGCUAAUAACAGCGUUGCUCACUCGGGUGUCCCACGAUAUGCGGGCAAUGCUUCGAAGACACCUAUGAUCGAAAACCAAUAACCGACGA